CAACCGUCACCAUUCGAUUGGUUCUUUGUGCAAUCUUACCGGUUUGACCAAUCACGGAGUGCAACUACGGGCAGUCUAAGCUAUAAACUAAGCAGAAUAAUUGUUUGUAAGCAACCGAGAGUGGGUAGGUAAAUAAUGCUUCAGCAUGCUGCCGAAGGUAAGCAAUGGGCCAACCUCCGAUAACAGUAACCGUAGAGAGUCACCGGUCGUCGAUUCCCUAUCGCUGUCGAUGAUCGUAGUGGUAGCACUCUGCUGGGGUGCAACCAAUCCGUUCAUCCGGCGGGGCAGUUUGGGUUACAACAACCUAAAAUCUCGGACCAGAUUGGGCCAGCUGUGGUUGGAGCUGUGCUUCCUGGUGUCUCGUUGGCAGUAUUUACUUCCGUUGGCGCUGAAUCAGCUCGGUAGUGUGAUAUACGUGUUUGCCCUACAGCGAGCUGAGCUGUCGCUAGUGGUUCCGAUGGCCAAUUCAUUGACAUUCGUCUUUACGGCCAUCACUGCUCGGCUGCUGGGGGAGAAUGGCGCUAGCUGGAAAACGUACUGCGGAAUGAUGCUAGUCAUAGCGGGUACAAUUAUCUGUAGUAUUGAAAAGGUUUUGUGAUGGUACCUACCGUUUGUUAUCAUUAAUGUGUUGAUAUAAUGAAGCUGAUGUGAUUUAGGUAGUUUGAUUGAUAUGAAAAUAAAG